AUGUAUACACACACCAGCUUGCUGGCCUCUAUCUUCGUCGGCAGCCGAUGCACUCUUCUCGUUACCACCACCUCCUCGCAUGUGAAUCCUUGUCCGAAAGCCGUCUUCUGCUCUGACCGCACACCUCGUCUUCCGGCCUCAGGCCGUGGCGUGGGAGCAGUCCGACUCCGGCGAAGUGCAGAACAGCAUAAAACCGCAUCGACGAGGCGACGCAAGCGGAAGACACGAGAAAUGGCGUCAACAUCGUUUCUGUUGUCCAAGCAACGGGUGUUCGGGCCUCGAGCCGGUGCGCGAGAGCCGGGCGGUAAGCCGAUCUCGCCGACGCCCGACAGAGCCGACGGUUGCGCGGAAGCGCUGACGCAGACGAGUCCCUUUCGGCGGCAAUUGUGGCCACGAGGUCGGACGCCGCGGGUCGACGAGGAGGCCGAAGCGGCGGCGAGUCGAGAAGGCCUCCUGUUGCCGUCGAUUCAGGCGAAACAGUUCUCCAACUACGCGACUCGAACGACACCAGCCUCGACGACGGGUUGCGCCGAGUCGGGGCCGAGAGGAGGUGGCGGCGGACGCGCCUACCGGACGGCAACGAGCGAGGCGGUCGUCGGCGCAAGGAGUAGUCGUGCCUCGGAGCAUUCGAUGGUGUCGCGUCGCAGCCUGUCCGGCAUGUCGAGGCCCGGUUACCUGACGCAUGACAACGAUCGCAGACGGCGACACUACACCGCCAUCAACACACUCAAAGGGGCUCUAUGCUCGGCCAAGACGAAGCGGCGCUGA